GUCGCGGCGGCCGCUGCAGGAGGAAGGAGCGCUUUAGCCUCUCUCUCUCUCUCUCUCUCUCUCUCACUCUCUCUCACUCACUCACUCACUCAGUCUGAGUGCUGCUAUAAUACCUUUCAGUUUCGCCUUUAAAAAAAAAAAGAAAGAAAGAAAGACAGAAAAAGCCACCAUCGACCGGGUUCCGUCAUCUGCGAGCACAUUUGGUAGAAGCCUUGAGCCGUGCGUGGAGCUGGUCGGCGCUCAGACUCGGGAGGAGAGUUUAUAGCAGAUUGUGAAGAAAUAAGCGAGUGCGCUUUUCACUGACAGCAGCGGCGGCAGCAGCAGCAGCACAACAAUGGCACUGAAGAGAAUUCAUAAGGAGCUGCACGAUUUGGGCCGUGACCCCCCUGCCCAGUGCUCAGCAGGACCAGUAGGGGAUGACAUGUUUCACUGGCAGGCCACAAUAAUGGGACCAAAUGACAGUCCUUAUCAGGGUGGCGUGUUCUUCUUGACCAUUCACUUCCCCACAGAUUACCCCUUCAAACCGCCAAAGGUUGCAUUCACCACAAGAAUUUAUCACCCAAAUAUCAACAGCAAUGGCAGCAUCUGUCUGGAUAUUCUACGGUCUCAGUGGUCUCCUGCACUCACCAUCUCCAAAGUCCUGUUGUCUAUCUGCUCUCUGCUGUGUGACCCCAAUCCGGAUGACCCCUUAGUACCCGAGAUCGCCCGCAUCUACAAGACUGACAGGGAAAAGUACAACAGAAUAGCUCGGGAAUGGACACAAAAGUAUGCAAUGUAGUUUUGGAGUUCUAAUCAUGGCGGGAAAGAAAAAAAAAUUUACACCUCUCCGUCUUAAGGUUAGGGGAGAUUUGAAAGUUUAAGAGAUAAAAAAAAAAAAAAAAAAAGAUUAAGAAAAAAAAAAAAAACAGAUCUUGUUGGUUUCCAUUGGAGUGCUUUCUUUAAGCCACACUUCCCCUCACCAGAGCACCUGCCCCAUUCCUCUCCCUCUACCCCCACCCCCUCAUAGCAUUGGUGUACAUACUUUCAGACUUUCAGUCCAACUCCAGCUUAUUUGUCCUCAACUAUCCCACCAUCAUCUUCUCGAACACCCUGCGCUCGGCAUCUCUGCUUUAGCGUCUCCGUUGCUGUGGUGACUUGCCUGCUGCUUAGGGUCAGCCAGAUUCAGUUUUUUUGCAGUUGAAAAUGUCCACGGCUUGGAAAAAAAAAAAAAGAAAAAAAAAAGCAUUCCUUGUUUUUAAACACUGGGGAGGGAGGGCCAUUCUCUUUUCCAUUUUGUGAUGUAGUGGAGAUUUACUUUUUUCCCCAUUUAUUUCCAUUUCCUGGGUUUCAGACUGUAUAUUGGAUCAGGAAAAAAGGGUUUCUUUUUUUUGUUUUGUGUUUUCCAUUUGGCAGAGGAGGGGAGGGGUAUAUGCUGGCUAUCUUUUUGUAUAAAAUCUAUAAGGAGUUCUUUUAGAAUCAUAGCAGGUUAUUAAUGGAACAAUGUCAGAUCUUUUGGGUCCUCUCUUGUGAAUCAUUCUAAAGGACUUGAAUACUAUGAAUAUAUUUUUUGUUUUUGGUUUUUUUUUUUUGUUUUUUUUCUCCAUUUGCCAUAACCAAGACUGUCUCUACCCCUUCCCUUAGCCACGAGCAACUUCACAUUCAUUCACACUUCUGGAGGAUUUUGGACCGGUUAUUUAAAAACAGUCUUAGAUAAGCACGUGUUUAGGAUUUUUUUUUUUUUUCCCCCCUAUGACCCCCUUGUAACUCUUAGUUCCAUUUUUAGCUGCAUUAUUUCCCCCCUUGCUCUUGAUGAAUUAGAUGCUAACAUGGCUGAGACAGACUUGAUUGGGUCCCUGGGUGAGAGGACACAAACUCCUCACAGACAAACUUCUGUAUAUUUAAUUUCCUGAAAGGCUCUUUGAGCUUUGUGUGUUGAUUAAAACUGUGUAAUAAAAUGAUUACUAAAGUCUGA